AUGCCCCGUCUCGACACCUGGAUCAAGACCCGGGUCCUCACCCUCAUCAAGCCCCGGCACCACAAGAAACUCACAACCAAAGACAUCAACAUCAGCAAACCCAUCCCAUCCUCCCUCCAACACACCGGCUGGUCCCCCGUCAUGCGCUCCCCACCUCAACCCUGCUCCCGCUGGUCCCUGUCCGCUGAAGACCUUCUACUCGGCUCCACUUACUCCCCCUCUCUCUCCUCUGGUUCCAGCACCCCCUCCCUUACGCACUCCCGCGAAUCCUCAAACUCCUCUGGCAUAACCAUCGUUGUUCAUUCGCCGCCCCCAUCCGCUGCUUUGCCACCGCCAAACUACUUCCCACAAGAGCUGCCGCUGCCGACACGCAGCCACUGGGCCGAAGCUUCCCCGGUGCAGACGAGUAUUUUGCCUGCAAGUCCGCCGAUGGAGACUGUUCUCUUCUCCGAGACUCCUUCACCGACGAGCUACUUCAAGAGUGCCUUCGAGUUCGAUAUCAAGGAUUUGAUGCCGGCAGAUAGUGUUCUGAGCGAGACGGAUGUCACCGAUUUGGAGAGGAUGAGUGUCUUUGAGAAGAAGAGGUUGACCCGGCGAAUGAGUCUCGGUAUCGAUGGGCUGAGGCCGUCGUGCUGGGAGUACAACAGGAUCUAA